AAAAUGAAUGAUUUUACGGAAUUAUUGAUUGAAAAUGUAAAAACGUAUCAUGUUUUAUUUGAUUUAUCCCAUCCAGAUUACAAAAAUGAGCGUAUAAAGAACAAAAUAUGGGACGAAAUCGCAAAGAAUAUGGGAUUAAAACACACAGGUAACGGUCUAAAAAAACGCUGGAAAAACCUAAGAGAUUGUUACUCAAAAUAUCUCCGCACCGAAAAGACAAAAACUGGACAAGCUGCUAAAUCUAUCUGCCGCUACAAAACCUGGCCUUGGGCGCAACAGAUGGAAGUUUUCAGACCUUUUUUACAAUUUGCUCAGACUGAUACUAAUGUAACUGACGAAACAGAAAUUCAUGAGUUUGCAAGCGAAUAAUGCGAAGAACGUAGUGAUACAAACGAAGAUUUACAAAGUGAAAGUAUACUAAGAAGUGAAGCUAAUCAUCAAAAAAUUCAUUUAAACGAAAUCAAGAAAAAAAGAGAAAAUCAAUGGAAGAGUCGACAUCCAACCCACAAGCUUCAUCUGUUGAUAAAGGUAUCACAUUCCUAGAUGAGAGACACAUUGCAAA